UCUCAGGUAAUUUUACCCCUCUAUCCUACAAACCUCGCUACUCCAGACUCUCCGGGCGAUAUUGGCUCACUGAUCGCGGUUGACUUGGAAUAACUCGUCACAUACUGACUUGAGUCCGUUUCAUCUAGACGCUUCGCAGUCCAGCAUUUCGGAAAAGACGUGCUCGGAGAUAGCCGCAUUUGGGUCUUUCAGGCAUCAUCCAUAUCAGCGAUUCUCUUUACUUUCAUCCCCCCUUGUUUAACUAUACUAUUCUGAAAACUCCCCUCUCCACUCUUAUUGAAAGCCUGACAUCAUGUCUGUCCCUACGAUCGGGCGCGAUACGGCCUUCCAGGUCCGCUCCUUGUUCCGCUCAUUGCUGCGUCAGUCCUCCCAGUUCUCGAACUACAACUUCCGCGAGUACGCCCGCCGGCGCACAGUGGAUGCCUUCCACGAGCAUCAGAAGGAGACGGAAGAUAGACGGAUACAAGAAUUGAUCCAGGAUGGAAUCCAGAACCUGCGGAUGCUGAAGCGUCAAACUGUGAUCAGCCAGUUCUACCAAAUGGACAAACUGGUUGUCGAGGGUCAGAAUACAGGCAAGCAAACUGGUAGUGAGGGUGGCAUUGUUCGCCAGAAGGAUACUGGCUGGGACUAAACAAACUAUAUAUGCGAUUCAUGAUUUGCCGGCGUAGGAACGGAGUUGCUGGGGAUUGAUCUUGAUAUCUUGCGCCGCCGAUGAAGGAUUGAUUGGAUAGACUGGAGGUGCUCUUGUAAUUUUAUCAAAGCCGACUCACCGCGUACGUUGUAGGUAGCACCGAUACUAACUUCUCUGAAAAUACCAUUCUUCCCUCU